UCACACAUCCGGUUCCUCAGUGUCAUAUGACCAGCGCAGUGCUGUCAUUUGUUUUAUUCAGUGCCAGUUAGAGAAGCACAUCGACUAUCGUUAACUCUCUCAGGUUUUCCGUCUUUAUCGGACGAUGGCAACAUUGGUGGCAAACAGGGCGAUGGACGUCAACGGUUUGGCAGCAGCUGCAAGGACACACACGCACGCUGUGACGAGAAAUUAUAUCUCUCAGCCCAGGCUAACUUACUCUACUGUGUCGGGUGUAAAUGGACCCCUGGUGAUCCUGGAUAAUGUGAAGUUCCCCAGAUACGCAGAGAUUGUUCACCUGACCCUGCCGGAUGGCACCAAGAGGAGUGGGCAGGUUCUAGAGGUGAUUGGAAGCAAGGCAGUCGUUCAGGUGUUCGAGGGAACAUCAGGCAUUGAUGCCAAGAAGACAGCCUGCGAGUUCACUGGUGAUAUUCUGCGUACCCCAGUGUCAGAGGACAUGCUGGGGCGUGUGUUCAACGGCUCAGGCAAACCCAUCGACCGUGGGCCCAAUGUUCUGGCUGAGGACUACUUGGACAUCAUGGGUCAGCCCAUCAAUCCUCAGUGCCGUAUCUACCCCGAGGAGAUGAUCCAGACCGGCAUCUCAGCCAUUGAUGGCAUGAACAGCAUCGCCAGAGGACAGAAGAUCCCGAUUUUUUCCGCUGCUGGACUGCCACACAACGAGAUUGCUGCCCAGAUCUGUCGCCAGGCCGGCCUGGUGCAGAAGUCCAAGGAUGUAAUGGACUACAGUGCUGAGAACUUUGCCAUUGUCUUUGCAGCGAUGGGGGUCAACAUGGAAACUGCCCGCUUCUUCAAGUCUGAUUUUGAGGAGAAUGGCUCCAUGGACAACGUUUGUCUUUUCCUGAACCUGGCCAACGACCCCACCAUAGAACGUAUCAUCACCCCACGCUUGGCACUGACUACAGCCGAGUACCUGGCGUAUCAGUGUGAGAAACAUGUCCUGGUCAUCUUGACUGACAUGAGCUCCUACGCUGAGGCUCUGAGAGAGGUCUCUGCUGCCCGAGAGGAAGUGCCCGGUCGUCGAGGCUUUCCUGGCUACAUGUACACUGAUCUGGCUACCAUCUACGAACGUGCUGGCCGCGUGGAGGGCAGAAACGGCUCCAUUACUCAGAUCCCCAUUCUUACCAUGCCCAAUGAUGACAUCACCCAUCCGAUUCCUGAUCUGACUGGAUACAUUACAGAGGGUCAGGUCUACGUUGACAGACAGCUGCACAACAGACAGAUCUACCCACCAAUCAAUGUGUUGCCCUCAUUGUCUCGUCUGAUGAAGUCAGCCAUCGGUGAGGGGAUGACCAGGAAGGACCAUGCUGAUGUCUCUAACCAGCUGUAUGCCUGUUAUGCCAUAGGUAAGGAUGUCCAGGCCAUGAAAGCUGUGGUGGGAGAAGAGGCCCUCACCUCUGAUGACCUUCUCUACCUUGAGUUCCUACAGAAGUUUGAGAAGAAUUUCAUUGCUCAAGGCCCGUAUGACAACAGGACAGUGUAUGAAACCCUGGACAUUGGCUGGCAGUUGCUGCGAAUCUUCCCCAAGGAGAUGCUGAAGAGGAUUCCUCAGAGCACCCUGGCCGAGUUUUACCCCAGGGAGUCUGCCGUCCGUCACUGAGGCACAUUAAGGGAUCCUCUCGUUCUAGGUCCACUCGCCUUUCUACCCACAAAUCUCCUCUCCAUUUAUUCCUUUCUUUCAUCUUGCUCUAUAGCCCUUCCCUUCCGGGCGGUCGAAUAUCAGUGUUUUUGAGCCUUUACCCAUUCCAGACUUCAUCUUCUUUCUCCACUGUUCUUAUUACCUCAGGUUCUUCUCCUUCCAAUGAAUCAACUCACCCCAACAUCACCCUCCACUUCUUCCCUACCCUGAAUGAGAACAGGGCAAUAAUCUCCCCCUUAUAUAGAUGUACUGUAGUGUAUUUGUGUCCAGAAGUUGUGUAUGGAAAGUGUCUUGUUGUAAUAUGAACCCUUGAUUGCAAAAAACGUGAACAUAUCCUAAAAAUUAUAGAUCUGCUUUAUUUAUUGCAGUGUGUUACUGCUGGAUCUCCCUUUUCUUUUUUUUAAAUAAAUGCCAUGUUAUAAUCCAUCCCCCAAUAAAAAAAACAAGAGGUUUCCCAUAAAAGAAAGAUGUCUACAUAUGGAGGUCGACAAAAUAACAAAUGCCCCAACAUACUGUAGCCCUGCAGUCCAUGCCAGUUAGUUGCAAUUCAUAAAGUUUGGUUUUUAUCUAGAAUGUAUUAUUCUACUAGGUAUUUAUUCUACUUGAUUGUCAUUUUGUAAACUAAAAGGCAUACUUUGAAUGAAUUAUUUACUGAACAACACAAACUUGCAGCUUCACAAAAUACACAUCAUAAAUGUCACUAUAUUGGUAUUUACCAGAGGGUGAUAUUAUAUUCCUGUGUUUCUCUUAUUUUGUCCACUCCCUGGGUCUUGUUUAAUAAAGACAACUGCUGUAUUUUUUCAUGCCGAUGUUCUCAAGUUCACUAUUACUUAAAUCUUCUCAUGUUACCAUUCUCAACAUCCUUAGUAAACAGACAAACUACGGCCACAAGCAGAGUUCAGAUGUUUAUUGUAUGUUACCCCCAGUACUUUGACUCUUUCUUCCCUCUUUUGGGCCCUCUUGCUUCCUCUACUUACUCUUGAAAGAAUACAGUGGAUGUUAACAUUAUUUGUGUUUUUGUUGUUUGAUUUGUAAUAUGGAAAAGAAUAUACAAAAGUGUGUUAAACAUUCCUGUCUCCAGAAACUAAUUCUUUGUUGUGCAACCAUAAUGGUUUUGUGAGUUUAUUUGUCCAUGACUAAAUUAAAUUAUAUGAUAAAUCUUG